AUGGGCGAAAGGGCACAAUCGCAUUACGUGAAACUGACAAAGGAUCAUGGUCCUGUGGAAGAUAUAACGCCUGGUGAACUGAAUCAGCCAAUCGAGGUCCCUCAGUUGGCUGUUCACAAGUGCAUAGAAUGUGGGCAGCCAUUACCUGAAAGCUAUUCGCCUCCUGCUGAUGAAGCUUGGAUGACUGGGAUCUUUGGAUGCGCUGAAGAUGGGGAAAGUUGCUUGACUGGACUGUUUUGUCCUUGUGUAUUAUUUGGGCGCAAUGUAGAAAGCUUGCAUGAAGAAACUCCUUGGACUGCACCAUGCGUUUGUCAUGCUAUUUUUAUUGAGGGUGGCAUUGCUCUGGCAACUGCAACUGCGAUCUUGAACGGUUAUAUUGACCCAGGGACAUCAUCUCUCAUUUUUGAGGGCUUGUUUUUUACCUGGUGGAUGUGUGGAAUUUACACUGGUCAGGUUCGGGAAACCUUACAGAAGAAGUAUCACUUGUCGAACUCACCUUGUGAUCCAUGUUGUGUACACUGCUGCAUGCACUGGUGUGCCUUGUGUCAAGAGCACAGGGAAAUGAAGGGAAGGCUCUCUGACAAUGCCUUCUCAGAGACAACAAUUGUAAAUGCACCUCCCAUUCAAGAGAUGGAGCCUAGUCAUGGCAAGGAAAAUCCUGAAACAUCUUCUGAUUACAGCAAUGAGCAUACUGGUUUGGAACUGCAGGCUGUAUAG